AUUAAACAAAACGAACAAUCAGUUCACGGCGUAGUCAAAUCGGGUAAACAUCUCGUGCAGUCAAUAAAAAAUAAGAAUUAAAUCGAAUGUCAUUUGAAUAUCGCGCGAAAAUAACCGUUUCUGAAAUGGCGGAAAAUGGAGAGGUUUACAAGAAAUCCUUUAACGGGACGUGCACCCUCGGGGUGAACAAGAAGGUUAAGAGUUCCAUCGCCCAAAGGGCAGAGGCGUACAUGCAAGCAGUUAGCAAAAGCCAAGGAUUUCCGGAAAAAGUGACUGUCACAAACCAAAAACCUGCCUUUAGGCUGGAGUCGAUGUCCAGGGUGGCCGCCAUUCCCAUCGUGGAGUCAGGAAUCGGCGUUACAGAGAAGAUUUAUCACACGAUAAAGGAGUCCAACCCGAUCUUCCGCUGGUACUUAUCGAUGGGCGAGUACUCGUUGACUAAGGGCGCGCAGCUGGCGCGACCAGCCGUCAUGCUGUUCGAGACGCCCAUCCACCAGCUCGACAAGUUCCUCUGCAAGUCCCUGGACAUCGUCGGCGAGCGGGUGCCCUCGAUCUACCUGCCUCCGCAGGAUAUGUACUCCGAAACCCGGCGCUUCGUGCUCCGCCGCGCGGACUCCGUGAAGCAGCUGGGGACAGCCGUGCUGGACUCCCGCGUGACCGCGGUGACCGCCACCGCGCUGGACCGCGCGCUCACCACCGCAGACAAGUACGUCGACAAGUACCUGCCGCCUGACAACCAGGACGCCAAUGACGUGGCGAUUGUGGUGACGGGAGCGGAGGGCUCGGAGGGCGAAGCGGAGGGCGGGCGCGCGGCCGCGGCGGCGGCGGUGCAGCACGGCGCGCGUCUGCGCAGGAAGCUGCAGCGCCGGCUCACGCGCCAGGCGCUGGCCGAGGCCAAGGCCAUCAAGGAACAGAUACACGUGCUCGUCUAUGUUGCUGAGCUGGUGGCAACCGACCCAGCCCUUGCAUGGAAGAAGGCCAAAGAGCUGUACUCGUCGCUGAGCCAGCCCGAGCCGGAGAACCAGGCCCGACCUGAAACUGUUGAGGAGAUGCUGGUGCUGCUGUCCCGCGAGACCGCGCGCAAGCUCGUGCACCUCGUCAACUACACGCACACUGACUUGCCCCGGAAUGUGCGCCAAGGCCUGUCGAUGAUCACGAGGCACCUGUCGUCCGCCGCCGACGCGCUGCUCAAGACGGUGCCGGUGGAGGCGGCGCUGACUGAGAUGCGCGGCUGGCGCUCCCGCCUGGCGGCGCUGCUGCAGCAGCUCAAGCAGACUUCGCACUCAUAUUUGGAACACCUCGCCGUAUUUCUGGCAGGCAACGAGGAGCGGGAGAAGAUCGCCCCGCGCUCCACGUACGAGGCGCGCGACGACCUCGCCGCCAUUAAUGGAGUCAAUUGAUAUAUUUAAUUACUAUUAUUAAGCCACUGUCGACGGAUCCAGGUUCUUUUUUCUAACCGUCAUUCGCAUCUUUAGGCGUUUAUCAUUACAAGUAAAGACUGUUUUAACGCGCUAAUAUUUCGAGCAAUCAGUUUUUAUCAAGAUAAUUGACAUUCUUAAAAAAACUCGCUUGUUUUGAUUUCAAUAACUUAUCUUCACUGAUUACGGUGGUUUUGGCCGACGAAUUAAUUUAUUUAUAGAGUUGUUAUUGAAUCACGAUUGCAGAUCCUGGAUUCGUAUUUUUGUUAUUUGAACAAGUUACACAAUAUCAUUAAAGUGACAUCACUGUAGCGCCUAAGAAUGGAUUUUUAUACAAAGUAGAUUCAACCGAGGACAUAAAAUAGUCCCUUGUCGCACUCCCUAUUCGUUUAUUUGGAAGAAAAUCUCUGCCUUAAAGUUUGAGUGAUAAAUUAUUAUUUUUCAGGUUAUUUAUUUAUAUUAUUUUAAAAUGUAAAGAUAUAAGAAGCCAACACGUGCAUUAUUACCUAUAAAUAAAAGUGAAAUCAUUCACAAACGCAACUUCCUGUUCAAUAAAUUAAUAUUUGGGUCAAAUUAUAUAAUUAUGUACAUCUAUAUUAAUUUAAGUACUUAUUAUAACUAUAAUCAACUAAAAUUAAAAUUAAAUACGUUAGCUGGUAGUAGUGAGGCUAGAAUUUGUUUUUUGUAAUAAAUUGUUUUUUACAUCGAUUGUUAGUUAAUAUUAUCAUGUUUUAAUUUAAGACUGUAGGGGUUAUCAUGUUUUAAGGCCUUAAAAUAGCACUAACCCAUGCCUGAAUUAAAUGUAAUUAUUUUAUAGAA